GGGCCUUGGCGCGACACUGGGAUCCUGUGCUGUCGCUCUGGUUGCUCAGUAGCUGCUCGACUCAGAGACGGGUGGAGAACACCGCUCUGAGUCAUGGAUUUUGAAAAUCUUUUUUCAAAACCCCCUAACCCAGCCCUCGGCAAAAAACCGGCCGCGGACUCUGAGGAAAGAAUCAGUGAUGAGAUAGAGGAUACUGAAAUUGAAGAAACACAGACAGAGAAAAUAAAAUGGAAAGCAAAACGGGACCGGGAGCAAAUUCCCAAAAAAUUUAAGCACUUUGGAAACUCUGCAACAUCACCAAAAAAUUUGUCACGUACAAAAUCAAGAAGUAAGGACUAUGAUGCAUAUAGUGAUGAUGAAGUCUGCAGUGAGGAACCAGAAGAUAAUUUUGCCAAAGAACUUCAGCAGUACAUACAAGCUAAAGAAAUGGCAAACAUUGCCCCACCACCAGCACUUCCUGCAGAAUUUGUGAAGAAAGAGGGAGGAGAAGGUACACAGAAGGCUGCCAAACAAAAAAAUAAAAAUCCUAAAGCUGGUUGCAAGAACAAUAAGCAGAAAAAAAUGAAGCGAAAGUGGCCUGGCACUGGGAACAGAGAAGCAAAUGUGUUGAAGAUCGGUGGCUCACAAGGAAAGGAUGGUGAACCUACAGAGAAGCAGCCAUGUGUGAGGAUGAGUCAGGGGUUCAUCAAUCAACACACAGUAGAACGCAAAGGCAAACAAGUCUGCAAAUAUUUUAUUGAAAGGAAAUGUAUUAAGGGAGAUCAGUGUAAAUUUGAUCAUGAUGCAGAGAUAGAGAAGAAAAAGGAAAUGUGUAAGUAUUAUGUGCAAGGCUACUGCACCAAAGGUGAAAACUGCCUGUAUUUGCAUAAUGAAUACCCUUGCAAGUUUUACCAUACAGGAACAAAGUGUUAUCAAGGAGAUCACUGUAACUUUUCUCAUGCUCCGUUGACUCCAGAAACACAAGAACUGUUAGCUAAAGUUUUGGAUACAGACAAGAAGUCAUGUAAAUAGUCUAAAAAGCAUGUACCAAGGAAGAGUGCUAAUGCCUAUUCCUGCUCCGGACUUUUCAAGACUGGUGAUGUGGAGUAGUUUGCAGGAUUCUGCAUGUAAAGUGUCCUCUUGUGUCAUGUUAUGUGCAUCUUCCUUGUGGACCAGAGGGUGAAGCCUCGUGCUGGAGUGAAGGGCUUGGUGUUCCCUGGGAAGCUCCAGCUUUGGGGGAGGCAAGGAGCCCUGAUGGCAUCUAUGCUGGCUGGUGGGUGAAUAUCAUAAGACUGAGUUACACAAGUCUCCUCCUAUUGAGAUUUUUGAAUGAAAUAGGAAGCAGAGCAGAGUGAGUAGUGGGUAAGGAUGAAAGAAGAGGUAUAGCAUGUUUGAGGGUAGAAAAUUACCAGAGGACAUUGGGAUAAUAUAAAAACAAAGUUAGCCUCUUCAUGUCAAAUACAUUCACAGCAUUUUUGUUUUUGUUUUCUUUUUUGAGACAAGGUGUCACUCUAGUCCAGGCUACCCUAGAACUCAUGGCAAUCCUCCUCCCUCAGCCUCCAGAGUGAGUGAUGGGAUUAUAGGGAUAUAUGUGAGUCAUUGUGCCCAGCUUUACUCACAACUUUUUGUUUUUGUUUUUGAGGUAGGGUCUCACUCUAGCUCAGGCUGACCUGGAACUUGUACUCUGUAGUUCUAGGCUGGCCUUGAACUCAGAACAGUCCUCCUACCUCUGCCUCCCGGGUGCUGGGAUUAAAGGCAUACACCACCACACCCAGCUGUCACAUUUUUAACGAUUACUUCACAAUUCUAUUUUAUGGUUUGUUAUAAAAUAUGAUUCUAUGAUUUUAAGAAUCAAUUUCCUGGUGGAUUAUUUAUUUCCAGUUUCUUACUGUUAUAAAUAAAGUUGAAUAAUGUCUCUAGA